CCAAGUGAGCGCCGCUAGAGGCUGUCAGACAAGACAAUCAAAGUCAGUGGAGCGUCGAACAUCCGCACUAGCCUACAUUUGAACACAACAAAAUAGAGAGAAAGUUUAAGACAGUUUCAUUCCUGUAUUUCCCUCUGUGGAAAAGUAAACGUUUUUAUAUCACUUAGUAAAAGAUCUUGGACAUUCAGAACAGUUUGGGGUUAACGCCGUGCGAGAAUUACAACAGGAAAUGUGUGUUUAGUUCUACUUCCAAUCUCAAGGAUUGACAGACCGCUCGAGAGUUAGCAAUCUGGGUCGAUAGAGCUAGAUGGCUAGCUAGCACACAGAGGCGAGUGCAGGCAGAAAAGCGGUCGGUACAAAGUGAUCUCACUAUCGAAUGUGGAUAAUGUGAGCUCUCUCCGGCUCCUUACAGACGCAGUUCGGUGUUGAGGCAUUAGCAAGAGCAACCUUACAGUUUGCCAGGACCCUUCACGAGCAAAUAUUGGGAUAUUCGUACUCGAAAAGUUCCAUUGGGUGGACAAGCAAGAAGAGCUCAACAAAUCAGGACAGCCAUGUUCAUCACUGGGCAACAGUGAGGAUGAUGAUGAGGACUCUAUUGCUGCUGCUGAUGAAGAUGGCACCGAGCGGAUUUGAGCACUAGCUGGCAGUCUCCUGUGUGGAGGAGGAGGAGGAGGAGGAGGAGGAGGGUGAUGGAGGAGGUGCAGGGGAGCGCAUUGGCGGCAGCUCAGCCGUCAUUGCGGACCGUGGGCAGGGGCACCACAGAGACGUUCGGGUCAGGUGGCAAAGCAAGGACAUCCCCACGAAGGGACUUCGGUGCUCUCACCACCACCACCACCACCGCAACUUCCACCCCGACUGGGGCAUCUUUGUCCCCAGUCACGGGGGAAUCCGGCUGGGUGGGAGCUGCAGGAAGAGUAGGGGGUGUUGGUGGUGGUGGUAGUGGUGUCGGUGGGAAGCUGCUCUCCCUGGACUCGGGGCGGGCGCUGGAUCUGCAGGACCCGGGCUCGGAGGAGGACGAGGGUAGCGAAGGCGAGGGUGAGGGCAGCGAGGGCACAGAGGUGUCGCCCGUGGGCAGCAGCGGUGGCAGCGGCAAUGGCAGCAGCACCGCCUGGGAUGCCAGCCUCCAGAACGGGCACGACACCACCACGGCGGAAGGAGGAGAGGAGGGCAAGCAGCAGCAGCAGCAGGAGGAGGAGGAGAGCCUCCACCAUGACAGCAGCAGGGACGGGGAAGGCAGUGCCCAUGCCAGCCCUGUGUCUGCAAGCACAAACCCCAACUUCACAGAUAUGUCCCAGACGCCCUCCAUGUCUCUGACAGAGCAGCUGAGGCUGGGCCGGGACGACCCCUCUGGCAUGGGCAUCAGUGUGGAGUGCCGGAUAUGCGGAGACAAGGCCUCAGGCUUCCACUACGGAGUACACGCCUGCGAGGGCUGCAAGGGUUUCUUCCGACGCACCAUCCGCAUGAAGCUGGAGUACGAUCGCUGUGACCGCACCUGCAAGAUCCAGAAGAAGAGCCGCAACAAGUGCCAAUACUGCCGCUUCCAGAAGUGCCUCGCACUCGGCAUGUCCCACGACGCGAUCCGGUACGGGCGCAUGCCGGAGGCGGAGAAGAAGAAGCUGGUAGCGGGUCUGCUGGCGGGAGAGCAGAGCGUGCAGAGCAGCGGGGGAGCCGACCUGAAGACACUGGCCAAGGCCGUCAACACCGCCUACCUGAAGAACCUCAACAUGACCAAGAAGAAGGCACGCAGCAUCCUCACCGGCAAGACCAGCUGCACCUCGCCGUUCGUGAUCCACGACAUGGACUCGCUGUGGCAGGCGGAGAACGGGCUGGUGUGGAACCAGCUGGUGAACGGGGCGCCCCCGCACAAGGAGAUCGGGGUGCACGUCUUCUACCGCUGCCAGUGCACCACCGUGGAGACGGUCCGGGAGCUCACGGAGUUCGCCAAGAACAUCCCCGGCUUUGUGGACCUCUUCCUCAACGACCAGGUGACGCUACUGAAGUACGGUGUGCACGAGGCCAUCUUCUCCAUGCUGCCGUCUCUGAUGAACAAGGACGGGCUGCUGGUGGCCAACGGCAAGGGCUUUGUGACGCGCGAGUUCCUGCGCAGCCUCCGCAAGCCCUUCAGCGAGAUCAUGGAGCCCAAGUUCGAGUUUGCCGUCAAGUUCAACGCCCUGGAGCUGGACGACAGCGACCUCGCCCUCUUCGUCGCCGCCAUCAUCCUCUGCGGAGACCGUCCGGGGCUGAUGAACGUGAAGCAGGUGGAGCAGAUCCAGGACGGCAUCCUCCAGUCCCUAGACCAGCACCUGCAGGUGCACCACCCGGACGCAGCACACCUGUUCCCCAAGCUGCUGCAGAAGAUGGCCGACCUGCGGCAGCUGGUGACGGAGAACGCCCAGCUGGUGCAGAUGAUCAAGAAGACAGAGUCGGAGACCUCGCUGCACCCGCUCCUGCAGGAGAUCUACAAGGACAUGUACUAGAUCGGAUUUUUGGGCAGUCCCCAUCUAACUGGUUUCAACUGGCCUGAGGUCAGUGGUGCAACUAAGAACAUGUACAGUACUAACAUUGGAGGCCUCACUGCACCGGCCUUUGCAGAACAUCUAGAAGGACAUGUGCUGGGUCUGAUAUCGGGAGUCCACAUCCAACUGGCUUCAUCUGGUCGGAAGUCAGUCGUGUGAUCAAGGAUAUGUACAGCACAGUACUAACAUCAGAGACCUCGCUGGUUCCUACAGGAGAUCUACGAGAACAUAAUACUAGUCUUCUUGGGAAGUCCACCAGAGUGGACCACGCUUCAGCUGUUCUGGGGCCUGUGGCGAGACUUAUGGAUAUGUGCUACACCUGGAAGUCCCACCAUUUUUCAAAUGGUCUGGAGUUAGUGGUGAGACCAAGGACGUGUGCUAAUCUUGGGUAGUCCACCAACCUCCUAACUGGUCAGGCUCCAACUGGUCUGGUGUCAGAGGGUCCAUUUAAAUACGUCCUUCAGUCGUUUCCUGCAGCCUUUAUUGGUUCUCACCCCUUACAUUACAUUACAUGCCAUUACAUUACUUUCUGCUCCCGUGGAGGAUUUAAUAUUUCCCCACGGUCCAGCAAGCUCAGAGAGGCUAAUCCGCCCCAUUCAAUACCCAGUUUGCAAAUGACAGGGUAGCUUCUGAAUCGUGUUUUUUUGUGUGCAAAAUAUUAAAUAAAAACAUUGGCAUCGAUGACAUUGAGAUACAACACCAGAGGAAAUGACUGGAUCAACUUAUUGAAACGGACCAUACUGUAUGGGCAUGUGACAUGGAGUCCUCUCCCAUGUGUGAAGAGGUUUGGUGGUGUCAGUGUGGCGAAAAAUUCUUUGGAACUCUAGACAAACAUGUAUGAAUAUGAAAACGAGUGUGUGUGUGUGUGUGUGAGUGAGUGAGUGAGCGCUGGUCUCUCCACACUGCGAGACUUAACUGGACCUCAGACGGACGUGUAGUAACACAGAGCGCCACAUCUGAACUGGACUGUUCUGGCAUCAGGGAGAGCCAGAUUGAACUUCGACCUCCAAUGUGGGAGCUGACUCCUAUGCACAACAAAAAUUGGGAAUGAAAUAUAAAUAGAUCUGUAUAUUUUUUUGUAUUUCAGUGAUCACGAUUAUUGAAUUUUUACAGACACUAUCUUAAAAAUCUUACUUUUUUUCUCAGAAUGGAUUAUUUCCCUGACUGACAUUUCUACCUGGUUUCCCAUCCACAGUUACAGCUCUUUUAUGUUCCCUCUGUUUUGUCACAUUUGAGGAUUACAUCUAAUGCUUUUUUUUUGCGUGGGAUGGGUUGGGGAAUGAAUGGGUUUUUUUGUGGGUACCUUUUUCAAAAAGAAAAAAGUUAAUAUUUUUAAAAUGUUAAUCAUGGUUUUUCAUUAUGACGGUUAUAAGCUUAGUUUAAAAACAAACUAAUGGAGUUGCAAGUAGAAGAAGACAGCGGUUAAGCUUAACCUACACUGUAUAUCAGGGGAAGGAUGAACACAGUGCUGGGACUGCCUGUAGUCCUUAAUGUUUUAUUUUAUUUUAUUUUAAGGGUCUCAGAGUUUUAGUAACCUAAAAGCACACAGUCAUUGGCAAGAUUCGCACCAUGAAAUUGCUGAUUAUUGAAAGUAUUUUGAUCUUGCCCUACACAUUGCAACGUUUAUUCCCUAACACACAAGCACUCGGCUCACAUUUAAUUUGACACCAGAGCAACUAGGAAACAAUGGUAUUAAUAAUAUUAUUUCACUUCCAACUAAUAUUUCACAUCAAAAUAACCCUCAAGCGGUAGAAUUCCACAUUUUCUGCUGCUUGGCUGUCAAGUCAGUGGGGUGGCACACAGACCAGUUUCAGUGGAAUGCAAUAGAGCACAUGCAAAACUUCAUUUCAGAGACAACAUGUGUGAUUGUGUGCCUGCCUGGACCCUAUGUGUAAGAAAAUGUGUUUUUAAUUAAAGGAUGUGUCCACCAUUUUGCACAGUUAGCCUUUUAUCUGAGUUAUCUGCAAUGCAAUGCUUUGUGUGUUAUUUGGCUAAUUUGGAUUCUGUGUUGGGGAAUGCCAGUGAAUGCCCCCUAACCACUUGAUAAGAUGCUCCUUUGGAAAGGAAAUGUUAAAGGUGGUUUUAAGAACAGAUAUGGGCAUGCUCAUAGACGGCCAUUCUAAGGCUGGUUGAGCCAAAUAAGGGAGAUGGCAGCAAACAUCAAAAAAGUGGUGAGGACGGACCACUCAUUACUGCAUCACUGCAUUACAGACAGCUCAGAAAAAGGCUAAAUGUGUGAAAUAGGGGACAUAUCCUCUAAGGACUAUAUAAGCCCUAACUAUGUUUACUGUGCGGGAACUGAAGGGAAGGGAAGGGUUGGGUGAGGGUGGGGGGGUGAAGGAUAAUCUACUGUGAAUCACACAGUAUAUUUUGCAGUGUUAAUUCAAUACUUAGAAAAUUUAAUAUAUGGGUCAAUAGGUCCCAAUACUUUUUAGCGCAAGGGGAACUUUGUAAAAUCCCUUAAACUUCCCGUUGACUCAGAGGCUAUGCUCAAGAUGCACGCAACCAUGUUUAAUUGAAACAGACAGGGAGAUUCUUUGUCUCUCUAUCAGAGAAAACAAUGUUGGGUAAUUGGUCGAACACGCAUACCAAACCGUCGUAUUCAUACCCGAAAGUCUGUUGCAGAACACUUCGCCACAAUGCGACCAAACAAUAAAUUCAGGCUUCUUACAUUGUCGACGCAAGUUGACUUGCGUUAACAUGCGUAAAAAAAACAAACGUUAACAUGUGUAAAAAUGUGUGACGCAGGUAUCUUCUCCAAUGACGAUGCAUAUAACAUAACACGCAUCAAGAAUCGAGGAUGGGGAUGUUGGGGUGGGGAGGCGUUGCCUGGCAGCUUGAGGAUGCGUUAACUACAGUAUAUACAGUUAGCUCCCCUUAGUGUUGAGUUAACACUGCAAAAUAUGCCGUGACUUGUGUAAAGCAGGGAUGUGGAGUGGAGCUGAAAUACCCAGUGGGAACCAGUGGGUUUGAUAGCCAUGCUGCACAAUUCUUAAAACACACCUGUGUUUUACCACCCCGAUCUAUGCAGUUACAAAUCCACUCACAUUUUGUACAUUUGCUCACAAAAAAGACAUGAUUUUUGUUGUUGAUAUGUUUUGAUUGUGUGUGGAUUGAACCCUUAAGACAUGUCUGUUUUUCUUGCAUUUUAAUAUAACAACAGAAACUGAACAUUCUCUCGUGGCCAUUUUUUUUUUUUUUAAUCAUGUGAAGAUGUGUUAUUAUUAUUAUAGUUUUGUCUGUCCUUUCUGUGCAAUAUGAGACUGCUCGUCCCAGGGUCUUUAUUAAAACUGGAUAGAAUUGCA